ACAGAAUCUCAAAAGAAUGAUCGAGGCACAGACGUUCCUGUCGAUCGCCUGACAGUAACAUACUGCAGAAGCAGUGGUCCAGGUGGUCAGAAUGUAAACAAAGUAAACUCAAAGGCCAUGGUCAGGUUUCAUGUAGCGACUGCAGACUGGAUCCCUGAGGAUGUCCGGCAGAGUAUUAUUUCCCAGCAAAAAAACAGAAUCAACCGGUCGGGGGAGCUGAGGGUGAGCUCAGAGGUCAGCAGGUACCAGAUGAGGAACCUCGCUGAUUGUCUGCAGAAGAUCAGGGAUAUAGUUGCGGAGGCCAGCCGGAAACCCACCCAACCUUCCAAAGAGGACGCAGAGCUGCGGCGAAUGAGGGUGGAGAACAUGCAAAGGGAGCGACUCAGGCAGAAGAAAAUACACUCGUCUGUCAAGCGGGACCGACGGGUGGAUCUGGACUGAAGAGACCAAGGCACGAGGAAAAACUCUUCCCUUCAAUUGGCCUUUCCUACAGAACAAAGAGGAUUACUAAAGUUCAUGUAAAUCUCUGAUGAGCCAUGUUGUUGUUGUAUACUUUAAUGUGUCAUAAAAGGUAUUUAUCAGUGUGA